AUGGACCCGAAAAAAAAAGAAGGAGGCGACUUGAUUGACAUUGCUAGCCAAGGGGAUAUGAAAAUAUGUCACUCGAAUCUGAAGGAACUCACUAUUUUAUCUCACUCCAAUGAAAUUGUCAAACAUGAUCUCGGGAUCAUCCUCAAAACAUGGCCAGACGAAGUAUGUGCGAUUUUAAGGAGGUUUGCAACCAUAGAGGAUAGUCAGUGGCUUGUUUCCAUCAAAGACUUCACGAGCUACCGUUUCCGCAUGACGUUCUGCAAACGAAUGUUUCCAGAGGUUGCAGAAGAAGACGACGUGGGAAAGCUUAUUUUCACCGUAGACCGCUGUAACAUCUUUGCAGACUCUUUCACACAAUUGAGUGAGGCAACGCCGGAGCUCUUCCACGCUGGUGUUUCACCUAUGUUUAGACAUGAAGUUGCUAUCGGAGAAGGUGUUUUGAGAGAAUGGUCAAAUUUUCUUGCGGAUGAGUUGUUUGAUAGGAAAAGACAGUUGUUCAGUACAUCUCCGGAUGAUAUGAGAAGGUACCGUCCCUGUCCACAGUCCAAUCAGGUCUCAGACGAUUUGCCUUACUUUCGUUUUGCUGGAAGAUUCUUAGGCCUGGCUUUGAGGCAUGACCUCAGUAUUGGGAUACUCUUAGACCCGCUCUUCUUCCUCCAGCUUUCUGGAGUCACACUUUGCUACACAGACCUUGAGAAAACCGAUAAAGUAAUGUACCAGAGCUUCAGACAAAUACUGGACAUGGAUCCAACAGAAUUCGAUCAAAAAGAAGGGCUUGGCUUGACAUUUCCUACCCUCUUCCCUGAAGAAGGUGAACCAGUUAGAGUGAGCAGUACCAACAGGGAUAAGUAUGUUGAUUUUAUGUUUCAUCAAAGCUACAUUACUCUGGUCGAGAAGCAAAUUGAGAGUUUUGAAGUUGGUUUUAGUGAAAUGCUCUCACAAGGCACAAGAGCUUCAACUUUUUUCAGCUCAUUGACGUUGAAAGAUGUAGACUACAUGCUUCAUGGGGCAGAAGAAAACACAAUUGACUUACACCAGUGGAAGAAGCAUACACUGUACGAUGGGUUUGAAGAAAGCGAGGAUGCCAUAAAGUGGUUUUGGAUGGCUGUUACAGAUCUAAACCAUGAGGAACAAUGUAAGUUGUUACACUUUUGGGCUGCAAUUCGUCACCUCCCUAAAGAUGGUUUCUUUGGGUUGACAGAAAAGUUUAGAAUCUCCAAAUAG